CAUUCGACUUGACAAAUUGGAAGUUACUAGACCAACUUCAUUGCAAAUGUCAUUAAAAACAUUUCUUUUCCUCUCAUAAUUGGUGACAAUCUAUAAAUUAAAUCUGAAUGGCUAAAUUGCGAUUAUUUAGUAUCGUUCUCCAAAAUGGCUCGAUUAUCGUGUACGAUAUGGGCAUUGAUGCUCAACACUUUAAAAAUUCCGAUUUUUCAAACGUGUUUUGCUGACGCUAUGGAAGACGAAUAUGGUUAUCCUCUGAUAUCAAGUCCGCCAAUUACUUCUUUCUUAAUUGCGACAAGUGUCUACAUUAUAAUUGUCAAUUCCACGCUAUUCCCACCGUCUUUCCGAGAACCGAAACCUGUUUUUAUGUGUUUGUAUGAGUUUCUAGUAACCGCGUUCUUCCUGGAAUUUGCCAUCGCAUGCAUAUGGACGCCGAUAGACGUACUCAUCUUACGCACGUUACCAAAGAAAAUUUAUCCCAUGCUUAGUCAAAUGAAAUUAGGAAACUCCGUUGAAAUACUUCGUUCAUUUAGUACACUUAAAUCAUUUUUGAUGAUUCUCACAAAUGGAAUAGCGGCAAUGAUUUUUCUGACUACUCUCCACGUUACAAGAACUGUCGAUUGCAAAGAUCUAACGGAUAAGGGAGUAACGCAUUUCCUGUCGCACUUGGGAACGAAAUUUUGGCAACGUAUACGCAGCGAGUUUCCAGAAAUUAAGAACAAGGAGAAUAAAUAUCGUUAUAUCAAUCGCAGAAAUGGCCGUAGCAAGAAUCGCGCGAACAAUCGCCAGAGGUAGCGUUUGAAUUGAAUACCGAAGAUCAGAAAUUCGCGAGACGGAAGAAUUAGACUUAUUUAAAAAUUCUAAAUCUUUGUACGAAUAUUUAUAACAAAAAAUGUGGUACACCGAUGUUGGUGUUUCGACAACUGGCGAAGGGUGGUAAUAUAAUUCGAUGGAAGAAUGAAACGUACGCCUUUGUCAUCUCGUCGACGGUUUUAUGAAAAAGAAGGCAUUUAUUUCGUUCGAACUGAAGUGUAAAGUACAAAUGGUAUAGAUAAUAUAGUGGUAAUAAUAUAAUAAUUAUAAUCGUUAAUAAAUAUCAAUUCAAUUAAUAAUACGGUGUGUCCCAGUAUACUGCGGAUUAUUAAUAUUAUUAUUAUUUAUUAUAUAUGGUAAUUGUACUAACGGGAUGUGUUCAGUGGCAGCGUUACAUUAUAAUAUGUAUAUCUUACAGUGAUCUUCUUCUCGUAUCUUUCGUCUCGUCGACCGACAGAUAAAGUUGUCUCUCUUUGUAAUAAAUCUUACGUUUUACGAGCGUUAAUUUCGCUGUGAAAGAACACUGUGAUCCAGGACAUUGAAAAGAACACCCCUCCUAAACGUUAAAUUCCUCUAAAUUGAGAGAAUAAAUUCAAUAAAUUAUGUUUUUAA